ACAACAGCCGCAACAUCUGUGCGCCGCCCUUCAUCAGAAGCGGAUGCGGUGGAAGUUCAAUCGUUGCGGAUAUUUGCUUCUGCCCAGCCUUUCACUGCGAGCCGGCUGUAAGAAUCGCUGCUGCACGGUGCUUUGGAGUGCGAGCCGGAGUUGCCUUCGUCACGGCGUGGACGAAGCUACAUGUGUCCAACAGUGGGCACUCCCCAAACGGUAACAAUGAGAAAAGUCUCCACAGCUUCCGCCUUCCUUGCCCUCGUUGCAGCAGCACAAGGAUACGGAUGGAACCCCGACCGUUCACGGCCCGUACCGUCGGCGUCAGACAUGGACGACUGCUGCCGCGGUCCCACCGGCUGCUGCCGCGAAGGUUACCGCUGCGAGCCCAAUUACCGGACGUGCGUGCGUGUGGGUGUAGAACCAAGACCAGGCGGAACUUCUAAAGUGCUCAUAGUACCCGUCGGAACGAGGCGCCACCAAGGAACUGCGGUCUCCGGCGGAACUACGGGAGGCUGUGGUGGAGGCGGCGGCCACUACUGCUGGGACCACGAGCGCUGCUGUCACAUAUCGCAGUCGGGGGCCCACCUGCCCACCGGCGUCCACCCGACAACUUCGUGCUGCACGCGAAGCAGCAGCCGCCAGUGUCCGCGAAUCCGUGGCUGUCACAGCCCAUUCGGCGUCAACUCGCCCUCCGGUGUUUACAACCAACCCGGCUAUCGGCCCUCGCCAGCGUACCAGAAUCCGCCUGCAUUCAAUUGGGACCGCGAACAGCUGAUGAUGCAGAGGCACACGCUGGUACCUUCCCCGGCGUCAGCUUUGCUGCCGUCAUGCGGUGGUGGCGUCUUGUUGGCGUUGGGCUGUUUUCUGUUCUGUAGGUGGAGCUGAUCCCAGUGAACGCUUGGCGAGAUCUAAUGUUCAUAUUUAAGACCUAUUUAUGGGUUCAGAUAGAAAUGUCUUUUUUUUUUGCGUUCUCUCGCAUCGCGAAGUGUACGUGAGAAAUAACAUUUAUACAGCGCCUCUGUCAUCAUAAUGUGUUUGGCUACCCAUUUUUCAAACUUUCUCCUAUACCGCAAGAACCUUGUGUUAAAUAAUGUGUUUCAGAUCGCUGUGUUUUAUUAUAUAAGCAACCAUGCCUCUUGCAAAGACAAAAUCUAUAAAAGAAAUCUUGAUACAAAAAGAGUGCGCAAUAUCGCAAUCCCUUUUUUUAAUAACUACGAGCGGCUUAUAUUAUCAUCAUCAUCAAAAAGAACAUCGUCAUUACUGUAUACAUUGUAGAACGAAGGCCUCUCUCCCAGCGGUCUCGAAUUACCCCUGCCUUGCGUUAGCUGAUUACAUUCACUAUACAUCCAAAUUGCCUAAUCUCGUCAAAUAAGCUUAUUCGCUGCCAUCGCUGAUUGAGUUUCGUUUUCUUGACACCCAUUCCGGUUGCUCUAAACGCGCGAAUCAUGACCGACUGUCAGAAAACGUUUGAAAGUUAUUCAAAUUCAUGCCAAGAAUCUGGAUACUCAACGGAAAGGAAGUCAACAUGGUAGAGUGAUUAAUCGUGCACAUUGUAGGGAGACAUCACAAUUUGCAGCGCAAAUAAAUAUCUAUUUAUCCUAUACUA